AUGAUCUCAAAUUUUGACGAAUUCUACUUUGUUGAAAAAGCAGUCACAGAAAUUUGGAUAUGGAUGUGGUUUGUUCAUCGUGUAUGGUCUACAGAUAAAUUUUCCAAUUUAAGAUGGCGUAAAAUUAAAGCAAUGGAAUUAAAAUCAAUAAUUACAACCUUGCUAUUAAUAGCAUUUCCAAUGAUGGCCAUUUAUGAUAUAUCAUGGAUCAAAAUUAAAUAUUCAGAAGGUCAUAUUGGACUGACAAGCACUAGUGCUGAUGGUCAUAAUGAAGAUAAAUAUAUUGAAAAGCCCUAUCUAGAUCCAAAUAAUUCAUCACAAAUUAUUUGGUCUAAAGAAAAUCAAAUAUUAAAAGAGACGGCCGACUAUUUACUCUGUGCCAUUUACUCUUUACAAACUGGCACGCUAAUUUUAUUACAGGCGUUUUGGAGCCAUUUAACAGAUCAAAUGGGCGAUAAGACAUUUAUGAAUUCUUGUGAAUUUAAAAUGUAUACUUUAUGGAGUUUUUUGUCAAUUCUGAUAUUUCCUAUACCGAGAUACAUGCUAGAGGACAAUCAGUUGCUUUCAGAAGUAGAUUGUUCCAAACCUUAUCUUUUCCAUUGUGCUUUUAUUGAUAUUUUCCUUGGCGAAAUGGCAAUAACGACAUCAACAAAUGCGCAAAUGAUAACAAUAAACGCUAUUUUUAGAGAUUUUUUAACGGUUUUAGCAAAUUUUGGAAAUUUGAUUUUAUGGGUGACGAUAAUUUUCAUUAUUUACCCAAGAUACCACAUAACAGGAUUAUUUGGUAGCUUAUCCCUAACCAAGAAAACUUUGAAUAGAUUGAGUAAGGUUAUUGUUAUUGUUAGUAAUGAUCAAUCAUCUUCUAUGACAACAAGUGAUGAUAGUGAGUAUUAUGAGGAAGAAGAUGUUGAAAGCGAUAACAAUAAGGGAGCACAAAGAGCAAGAUAA